GACGGGUAUAUUUACAUAUGAAUAAUAUUGAGUUGUAGUAUAUAUUUGAUGUAUAUCCUGUAGCUUUCCGUGCAUACAAGUGGCAUAGAUUAUAACUACGUGCAUACACGUAGCAGAGACACUUAGUACGUCUCUCACUUGCACGACCUGACGUGAUGGAGGCCACACCGUCGGAUGAAGCUAUCCUGAAGCAAAGAGAAACCUUAGAGGCUAUCCAGAUGCUAAACCCCAUGGUGAGUGUGCCCAUGGAUAUCAGAGAAUUGGCGAAGGAAUAUGAGGAUGGAUCGGCUGUGUACGUGAACAAAAUAGAGAAUCUGUCAAAGACUUACAAGAGCUUUCGAAGGUGUCGAAGAGAUGGCAACUGUUUAUACAGAGCUGUCAGCUAUGCCUUGCAUGAGAAACUGCUGCAAACAGAAUCACAGACACUGCAAGAACGCUGCCAGGUGCAAAUAGUGAAGAGCAAGCCGGCUCUGAUCGAGGCAGGCUUCCAGGAGUAUGUAUUCGAAGACUUCUACGAGGCUACUCUGGAGAGCUGGAUGCAAGUGAAGGAGAAGGACAGUCAGUGGGUGCAUGAGCUCUUCAACGACAGCGAGAUGUCGAAUGCCAUAGGAUUGUACUACAGGUUUAUGACCGCGGUGGAGUUACGGACCAAUGCAUCUGAGUAUAUCCACUUUCUGGAGGAUGGGACGACAGUUGAGAAGUUUUGCAACACUCAAGUCGAAUGCUACGGCAAAGAGGCAGAUAAUAUACAAAUAGCCGCACUGUGUCGGUAUUUGAAGAUUAGGCUGAAGAUAGUGCACUUGGAUCAGUCGACCGGGGACGAGUGCAAUGUGCAUGACAUCGGCAGGGAAGAUGCCGAUGACGCGGAGGACAGUAUCACGCUGUUGUACAGACCAGAUCACUAUGACAUACUAUAUGAAACAUGUAGUGCUUUGUCAUGGAUAACGCCCAUGACGCUGUGCUCAUAACUGAUUUCGCAUUUGAGUGGUAGUGUUGAUCAAGUAUGCAUGCACAACACUAGGGUAUCAACGAAAGAGUAUCAACGAAUAACCGUCCUGGGUUCUCCUGGCAGUCGUCACUAUGAGAAUGUAGAGCCCGUGGAGUAGAUGAUACGAACGCUUUCGACGAUUGUGGUCAAUUAAGGGAGAUAUGAUACUCUUGUGGAUUUCAAAUGAAAUCGCAUAGCUCUGCAGUGUUUGUGUUGUUUGGUUGUACAAGGAUAGUUUAUUGAUUUAGAUAUAUCUGUAUUUUGCGUAAGCAAACAUAGUAUAUGACGCACUGGUAUUGUAUUGAUUCAUUCAAAGCACCACGUGUUCUCAACGCGCAUGUUGUGAUAUUCACGUACACCUGUACACUUACAUGCAUAUGCACAUAUCUCUGGAGACGAUCUUUAACCGCAUGUUUAUUCUAUAAAUAAAGGUGCACAUGACUGGUUACAAAUUUUCAAGUACGAGAACACGGUACUUUAGGCGCUGGUUUGUU